AUGUUUCAUAUGCAACGGCAGCGUAAAUUGCCCGAAGACCACGCCAGAUUUUAUUCGGCGGAAAUCAUAAUUGCUUUACACUUUCUGCAUUCUCGUGGGAUAAUUUAUCGUGAUUUAAAGCUCGACAAUGUCUUAAUUGAUGCAGAGGGUCACAUCAAACUCACCGACUAUGGCAUGUGCAAGCUCGACAAUGUUUUAAUUGAUGCAGAGGGUCACAUCAAACUCACCGACUAUGGCAUGUGCAAGGAGAAUAUUGGACCUGGCGAUGUGACGAGUACUUUCUGCGGCACACCAAAUUAUAUUGCUCCGGAAAUAUUGAGAGGAGAGGAUUAUGGUAAGCGCAAAACACUUCCUCUCUACUCGUACGGGGUUAGGGCGUGGUUGAGGAUCAAUAGUUGCACAAGUUUUCACACUGUACAAAUUCUCAGUGAAUAUCAUGUUUGA